CUGCAGGUAAAUUAUUGUUAGUGUUAUUCGAUUUGAGAUAAGCUUACAUCAGUGAUUUGGUGCAUCUAUAUAAAAGGCGCGAGUUUAAUGCGAUUUUGCUAAAUAGUAUUAAAAAUGAUUUGGCAGUCACUUUUGUGGUCGUUGCUCUUCGCGUUCUUUAAAAUAUCAGAGAGUGCAAAUUGGAAGUAUGAGCUUAUAUCCCUCAGUUCGUACAGCGAAGACGAGAGCAAAUUGAAGAUUGAAACAAGAAUCGAACAUUCAAAAACAAAUGAUAUAAGCGGUGGUGGUGACAUUUACUGGAUGUUCGAAUAUAACGACGAUGAUGUGGGUGAGUUGCAAAUUUAUCGCAGUCCACAUGGAAAUGCCGAUGAAUUCAAACCAAUACCAUAUGCAAUCCCCAAAACGACCCUUAAAGAAGGUAUCGAAAACUAUUAUGAUGAUAUGUUUUAUGCCUCGGUAUCACACUGUUCGAAUUUACCAAAAAGGAGUGAGUUUGUUAAUGAUAAAAUUCCCCAGGGACAUUAUGAGUUCAGGAGCUGUGUAAUUAACUAUAAGAAGUUGCCACAGAUAAUGCCCGAAGGUGUAUACAAAUUGAUAUUCACAUUUACUCAUGAUUUCAAAUGGGGACUUGAAAUUGUUGCCAAGGUGACAUCAAGGGUUUUGCCAUAAAUAUUAUCAUGAACAUUUUUUUUGCUCUCAAAAUUAAUUCAAACUUGAUGUUUUAACAUAUUAUAUAU